GUAAAGUCACCCAAAAGGAUGUUCUCCUUCAUGUGAUUAUUAAUAACUAAGAAUGAUUCAUGAAAUACACUGACAAUUACUGAUAGUCUGAUAAUCGCUAAAAAGCUGUUCUAAAGUCAUAAGCCGGUAUUCUUGCAGAGCACAUAACAGGUGUUCCCACUCCCUGUGUCCUUUGUAUACACAUUCAUUCUGUAUUCAAAUCACAGAAGCAAGAGACAGGAUAGGGUCUGUUACCUCACUGCUAAUUUCCCUAGCAAAUAAACCACCAGCUGCUGGUCCAUGAACCAAGUUGCCACCAGGAACAGGGCACUGUAUGCAUGGGACAGGAUGCUUUCAUGGAGUCCUUCAGCAGCACGGUUGGGAUCUUUCAGUGCAAAAUAUACCUCCUUCUCUUAGGCGCUUGCUUGGGGCUGAAAGUGACAGUGCCAUCACGCACCGUUCAUGGCAUCAGGGGUCAGGCCCUCUACCUCCCCGUGCACUAUGGAUUCCACACUCCGGCAUCAGACAUCCAGAUCAUAUGGCUGUUUGAGAGACCCCACACAAUGCCCAAAUAUUUACUGGGCUCUGUGAAUGAGUCUGUGGUUCCCGACUUGGAAUACCAACACAAGUUCACCAUGAUGCCACCCAAUGCAUCUCUACUUAUCAACCCACUGCAAUUCACUGAUGAAGGCAAUUACAUCGUGAAGGUCAACAUUCAGGGAAAUGGAACUCUCUCAGCCAGUCAGAAGAUACAAGUCACCGUUGAUGAUCCUGUCACAAAGCCAGUGGUACAGAUUCAGCCUUCCUCUGGCGCUGUGGAGUAUGUGGGGAACAUGACCCUGACAUGCCUUGUGGAAGAGGGCACCCGGGUGGCUUACCAGUGGCUAAAAAACAAAAGACCUGUCCGUACCAGCUCUACCACCUCCUUUUCUCUCCAAAACAACACUCUUCAUAUUGCUCCAGUGACCAAAGAAGACAUCGGGAAUUACACUUGCCUGGUGAAGAAUCCUGUCAGUGAGAUGGAAAGUGACAUCAUUAUGCCUACCAUAUAUUAUGGACCUUAUGGACUUCAAGUUAAUUCUGACAAAGGGCUAAAAGUAGGGGAAGUGUUUACUGUUGACACUGGAGAAGCCAUCUUGUUUUACUGUUCUGCUGAUUCUUACCCCCCCAACACCUACUCCUGGAUCCGGAGGACUGACAAUACAACAUAUGUCAUCAAGCAUGGACCUCGCUUGGAAGUUACAUCUGAGAAAGUAGCCCAAAAGCCAACUGAUUAUGUGUGCUGUGCUUACAACAAUGUAACUGGACGGCGAGAUGAAGCUCAUUUCACAGUCAUCAUCACUUCUGUAGGACUCGAGAAGCUUGCACAAAAGGGGAAAUCAUUGUCCCCUUUAGCAAGUAUAACCGGAAUAUCACUCUUUUUAAUUAUAUCCAUGUGUCUUCUCUUCCUAUGGAAAAAAUAUCAACCCUAUAAAGUUAUAAAACAGAAGCUAGAAGGCAGACCAGAAACAGAAUACAGGAAAGCUCAAACAUUUUCAGGCCAUGAAGAUGCUCUGGAAGACUUCGGAAUAUAUGAAUUUGUUGCUUUUCCAGAUGCUGCUGGUGUUCUCAGGAUGCCAAGCAGGUCUGUUCCAGCCUCUGAUGGUGUAUCAGGACAAGAUUUGAACAGUACCAUUUACGAAGUCAUUCAGCACAUCCCUGCCCAACAGCACGACUGUCCAGACACAUAAAGGACUAUUCGAAACUGCUAUUGAGGACAUGCUCCCUCAAGGGGCAGCAACCCCAGAACCCAAGUUCACACCCCCUGUCCCCCUCCCCAUCUCCAUGGCCUCUUUUCACCUCCUUUCCUGUCUUCCUAGUCUUUCUUGGCUUCCCUUUGUGUGUCUUUGUCUUCCAAAGACUCUCUUUUCCUUUACCUCCAUCCUUGGACGUCUGCCUCUCUGAAUCUUUCUUUCUUUUUUCUUCUCUCUCUGGAAAACUGUCUCCCUUCUCUCUAAAAUCUCUUUUAAAAUUUCCUUCUUCUCCCUUUCUUCCAACUCAUACUAAAGGGGAGCCAACAUUUUUUAAAGUGUCAUUUUCCUUGAAUACAGACUUAUUUUACCUAUUCUAAAUUUUAACAAUGAACAAGUACAGUGCUUUCUUUUCUUUCAUCGGAAACUGUUAUACACUUAUUUUAUUUACAGCCAUUCUAAUAAACAUUUCCAGACUAUUAACUAUCUGCUAAGGAUAGAGGUUAAGUAAGGCUCAGUCUCUUAAGGAUUCCAUAGUUUAGUGGACUCUUGUUUGUUUAUUUUAUCUAAAGACUCAUGGUCCUUAAGUAGAAUAAAUAUUCCUCAAUAAAGCAAGUAUUCCCUAAACAUAGGCUAUUUUUCUCUCCUGACUGCCUAUCACUUUAUUCUUUAAGUCCAGUUAAACUUAACGAUCAAUUUUAUGAAUAAUGUAGUAUUACAGGUGGUUAGUGAAUCUCUCUCAUUCCCCCAUUCCCAAAGUGAAGGUGCCAACUCUGGGUAAAGAAAAAUAACUUACUGCUUUUUUGUACCUCUGUUUGACAGU